CAGGCUGGCCAGGUAGGUACCUGGAGGACGAAACGGAUGAUGAUGGUGCUCGCUACAUUUGCAUUCCCUCGGCAGUCCUUUAUAUAUCAUGCAAGGCUACCCACCACAGCUCCAAGCUCCCACCUUCGGCUCUACGGCUCUACGGCUGGAUCGCAAAUGCCACUUCCCUCUUCACUACAGGCGCAGCCACAUGAGGCGGCGUGGCCUACACCCCAAUCAAAACCAAUGUGGUAUGUGGACAAGGCUUCGAUCCUGGGAAGGUCGACAUGGACAUGGGUGCCUGUGCGGGUGGAGGCCACAAGAGUGUGUGAGAAGUGGAAGGAAUUCAAGGCGGGAAGGCGACUUGGACUG